GACAUCGUGACAAUUCGUACGAUGUUAUUUUAACCAAAACGUGCAAACUUUGUAAAUUUUUAUUCGCCAAACAAAAUUAUUUUCAUCGAUUGUGAGGGAUGAAUUGUAUUCAAAAUAAUAAAAUUAUUGUUUUUUUUAUUGAUUCAUGUUUUGGUCCAAACGUUUGUGCGAAAACUAUACUUUUUAUUGAAGCAUUGCCAUUUUUGGGAAUUUUUAAUCAUUUCAACUCACCGAAAAUCCAUCGAGAAAAAAGACAGAAUAGCUUUGUAUUUAAGAAAAUUCCCCAAUUAAAAAUAUGCUAACAAUAAAUUUAAAAUACUCGAAUUCAAUUUAAUUUUCCAAAUUUUAUGCUGAACUUUUUGUUAUAUUUGAAUUUUUAUUGUACGAACAUGAAAGUAACGAUUUACGAUUUGAAAAAAACCAAUCCAACUGUUAACGAAACAAAAUGUGCAACGCCAAAAAGAGCUAGUGCAGGUAGACGACAGAGCGUCAUUGAGGCUAGCAAAAAUCGUAUUCCUGUUACAUCUGAAAAUGACGAGUUUGAUUUGUGGGAUCACAAUAGGGGCCUGGGGCGUAGUCAACGAUCUGGCACGUGUUGGAAAGCCGUGUUAAUACCAACUGGAGUCGUUCUCGUGAUGCUUGCUGUCAUAUGGUUCGUUCCAAUCAGUGUAAUAAGCUCUUACAAAGACAAACUAUUGGGUAGAAAUGCUUUCGAAGAGGCCCCGAAUGCAUGCACCAGCACAUGCAAAAUCGAAUUGGUGGAAAGUAUUCCGGAAGGUUUGGUUUAUCCUGAUGGCAGCCCGUCAUUCCAAUCAACGUACGAUGCAUGGAAUCGCCUGAUUUCAUUGGCCAAUAAAACCCUCGACAUUGGGUCAUACUAUUGGACAAUGCGUGGUGCCGACUUCUACAAUCAUACAUCCGAUUGGCAAGGCGAAAAGAUUUUCAACAACAUAUUGGCAGCCGGUACAAAGGGUGGCAUCAAAAUUCGCGUCGCUCACAGUGCACCGACCCAGGAUGUACCAAGCUACGACACAGACAUAUUGAUCAAGAGAAAAGCCGCUGACGUGCGAUCGGUAGACUUUCCCCGAUUGCUGGGCGCUGGUGUGCUUCACACCAAGGUGUGGAUUGUCGACGGACAACACAUAUACAUUGGCAGCGCUAACAUGGAUUGGCGGUCAUUAACUCAGGUUAAAGAACUCGGCGUUUUGAUAACAAAUUGCUCGUGCCUUGCCAAUGACGUUUCGAAGAUUUUCAAUGUAUAUUGGGAUAUGGGCAAAAAGAAUGCUGUAAUUCCGCCCAGCUGGCCAAAGGUGUAUAGUACAAAGAUAAACGCUUCCAAUCCAGUUCGAGUUAAAUUCAAUGAAGAGUACAAAAUGAAUACUUAUUUUUCGAGUUCACCACCUCCGAUGAGUCCAAAUGGGAGAUCACAGGAUAUUGAUGCCAUUGUCAAUGUGAUUGAAAAAGCUGAACAAUUCGUGCAUAUAUCGGUCAUGGACUUCUUUCCGGUAUCAAUUUACACACCAAAGCCAAAAUACUGGCCUGUAAUCGACGACGCCUUGCGUACGGCUGCAAUCAAUCGGCGUGUGUCUGUGAAACUGUUAAUUUCGUGGUGGAAGCACAGCCGACCAGCAGAGGAUUUUUUCUUGAACUCGCUCAAAGCGGUGUCGAAUGCGUAUCCAGGUGUUGACAUUCAAGUGCGGCGAUUUAUUUGCACGUCAACAGGAGACCAAGAACAAAUUCCCUUUGUUCGAGUUAACCACAACAAGUACAUGGUGACUGAUAACACAGCCUAUAUUGGCACAUCGAAUUGGUCUGCAGAUUAUUUCAUUGACACGGCUGGUAUCGGGCUAAUCUUAGAAGAGACACAGUCGGAUCGCAAUGAAACAUCAUCUUCGAUUCGCAAAGAUUUGGCCAAUAUUUUCGAACGGGACUGGAAUAGCGCCUAUGCCGUUGAAUUAAAAGCACCAAUUUCAUCGUAGAAAUAGACUAAUAAAACUAUACUCAUUGUCAUAAUUUUCUCUUUAUUAUUGUAUUUGUUUAUUGAAAAAAAGCGAAAAGACCGUAAUUUCUACACGAACAUUUGCCAUUUGAUUACAUUUAUUUGGAUUAUUUUUUUUUCGGAAUUAACUGAAAGCCAAUUUUAUUUUUUAUGGACUAUUAGAAGUUUUUUUUAACAGGAAAAUCAUUUUAAUCAUUUUUUUUUCAUUUCAAUAACAGUAUUUCCAUGUGUAUGAUCGAAGCAAAAAUUGAACAACGAAACAGAAUUUGAAUAAAAAAAAAAUCAACUACCGGUUAAA